GAGCGGCGCGUCCGUUUGUCUGUUUGCAGCCGUCGGGGCCCGGGCGCCCCGCGAUGAGCAGCCCCGAUGCGGGCUACGCCAGCAGCGAGGAGCAGGCGCAGGGCCGGGGCGCGCUGCCUGCCAUGAUGCCGGCCCUGGGCCCGUGCCCCUGGGCGGAGGCGCUGAGCCCGCCGGGCGAGGCCAAGGCGAAGGGCGAGGCGGGCACGACGGGCGGGCGCGGCAAGGGCGAGGCGCGGAUCCGGCGCCCCAUGAACGCCUUCAUGGUGUGGGCGAAGGACGAGCGCAAGCGGCUGGCGCAGCAGAACCCGGACCUGCACAACGCCGAGCUCAGCAAGAUGCUGGGUAAAUCGUGGAAGGCGCUGUCGCUGGCGGAGAAGCGGCCGUUCGUGGAGGAGGCGGAGCGUCUGCGGGUGCAGCACAUGCAGGACCAUCCCAACUACAAGUACCGGCCGCGGCGGCGGAAGCAGGUGAAGCGCCUGAAGCGUGCGGAGAGCGGCUUCCCGCAGCACGGCGCGGCCGAGGCGGCGCCGCCGGCGUUGGGCUCCGACGGAGGCGGCAUCGGGACGUGCGCCGAGAGCCUGGCGCUGCCCUACGCGGAGCGCGGCUACGCGGCGGGGCCGGGGCGCUACCGGGACUGCCCGCCGCUGGGCGCCGCCUUCGACGGCUUCGGGCUUCCCACGCCGGACCCGUCCCCGCUGGACGCGGCGCACGGCGAGGCGCCGUUCUUCGCGCCGGGGCCGCCCGACGAGUGCGCGCCGGGGCCCUACGUCGGCUACGGCCCCGCGGCGGCGGUAGACUUCUCGGCGGUGGGAGCGGGCGAGAGCCCCGCGGGGGCGGCGCUGCGGCGGCACCACCAGCACCCGCACCAGCACCCGCACCCCGCUGCCGGCGAGCUGGGGCCGGGCGGCCCGCUGCAGGGGCUGCUGGGCUGCCCGGCGCCGCCGCACUACUACGGGCAGCUGUGCCCGGGCCGCGGCCCGCCCGCUCCCGUGCCCGUGGCGCUGGGCGCGCAGCCGUCCCCGCCGCCCGAAACCGCGGCGUGCCGGGAGCCGCUGGAGCACUUGCCGCAGGAGGAGCUGCUGGGCGAGGUGGACCGCAGCGAGUUCGAGCAGUACCUGCGCUUCGCCUGCAAGGCCGAGCUGGGGCCGCCCUUUGCGGGCCACGACGUGGCCGGGCUGGCGUCGCCCGAGGCCGCCGGGCCGCUUUCCGCCGUGGUGUCGGACGCCAGUAGCGCCGUCUACUACUGCGGCUACGCCGACGGCUGAGGGCUGCGGCGGCGCCGAGACUCCUCGCUCCUGUUUAUGUAAUUUACUGGACUCUUCUCGGGACGUUUUCGACAAGCUCGUCGGGGUUGGAAGUGCCGUAAGCGAACAGCCUUGUUUCCAGGUGGUCUUGCACUGACAUGCCUGUGCGGCUGCACUUCAGUUGUCAUCCAUACCCGAAAUUAGCAUCUUCCCUGCUGCAUUGGUGCUGUUACUGUCUGCACAGUUUCCUCAGCUGAUUUUACCUGUACUCUAUUUAUAGUUUUUUUUAUACUUCAGGAUAAUAAAUGGCUGUACAGCU